CCCUUAUUGAAGGGUCUUGGACACUCCCUUAAGCCCCUCAUUCGAACUCCCAAGGAUAAGGGAGAAAGAGAGAGCCACACAACCAAGAAAGCAAGAGGAAGGGGAAGCUGCCGCAGGUUCGUUUUCCAGUGCGUAAGGUUACUUGUUUGCUUCAUAUCUCGAGUUAUACACAUCCAAAUAAGGCGUGCGAGAUACCCACAGAAAUCUCUCAAGACGAGGAAUCCGUGAAGGUCUGGUUUGCAUCAAUCGGAGUAGUGGAAGGCUUUCAAAUCGUCCGAGCAAAACACAACCUCGCGGAAUACGUUUUUGUAUUCAAAGUUAGGGAACGAUUUCGUCGGGAAACACCCGUUCUAGGGACUGUUUUUGUGUCUUCGGUUAGGAGUUGAACUAGCACUUUGAAGAGGCUGUUUAACACUCAAUUCCAAGCAAGGAAUCAGUCCUCAAUCUUUCUUGGCCGAGGCUUUGGUCAUUGGAUCGAGAAGGAAAGUUUUAAAGCUCAUUUGAGUUUCAGGUAGGACUUGAAGGUUGCUACCACGCCCGUUGCUUCGGGAAGAUCAAAGGAGGAGGACGUGGUUCGUGCUUCUUCCGUUUCUGUUUUAAACAAUUACAAUAAUGCUCAUGGAAAUUAUUUUGAAUACUAUUUGGGGGCUUGUAUGCCCAUGUUUGCCACGUGUGGCUUGAAUACGUGUAUUAAUGUUUCCGCUGCUUUAAAUGAAUAUUUUACAUUAUGUUUGUUUAUGGAUGUACUAUGUGUGAAUGGUAUUCAAGACGCCUAGUAUAGUAUGGAUGAGUUGGACUGCGGUUGACUAUUCGUACUGUACGGCGGGUUGUUGACGUGUCCGGUAGGUCCGGGGCGUGACAAUUUAAUUGGUAUCAGAGCCUUAGUCCGUAAACUUCAUAAUGAAGCUUCAAAAUCCCUUUUGAAAAUGAUUUUGAAAACCAUGAGCAUAAAAGUUUUGUACUUAUAGAACUUUUGGUACUUGAGUUGCAAAGUCUCUAAUUGUUAAGAUGGUACCCUUAACAAUUGGUAUGACGGUGAUUUGAGCCGAAAGGUGUCUUUAAGUACCUAUCCGUCACUUGACACUUGAUACGAGCCUAAUGGCUCAUUCUAAACUUCUUUCAGAAAUGGAACGCACCGGUAGAGUGACUCGACGGAACCCGACUGGCCAGGUGCUGGGAGGAUCCCAACGUGGCAGUCAGGGGGGAUCAAGAGAGUCUGGGGGACAGGGCCGAGCAGGCCACUCGCUGACCGUGAGUGACGGUCACGUGGAAACAAUAGAUGAGCACUAUGAGUCCGAGGAGGAUUCAACUUACCAACCGGGAACUGAGCCGGUUGACACCCCAUAUGAUGGGGAACACGAAGUCGGAAUAUAGUAUCUCUAUCCUUAAGCCAUGACUGAGAAACCUAAAGUUUUGACGGCGCUGCCGUCGUCGGCCCAACCACCGCCGCCAAAUAAUGUAUGGGGCGGUUCCAAGCGAUCAUUUGUAUCCGUUCUUCUCAAUAAGGAAGAAGGAACACUGGACACUUCCUACAGCCGCUUCAAAGGAUUGCCAGCGGUAAAUUUUUCAGAAGAUGCUGUGGAAACCAUUGCCGACAGACACAAAAAUGCACUCGUGGGUUAUUUCUAUAAAGGUAGGCCUCCUAUGAACACACUUCGUAGAUCGUUUGAGAUGACUGGAUUUAAAGGAGGUUUUCAUUUGGGCUUGUUGGAGAAAAAACAUGUAUUGAUCAGAUUCGAUUUGGAAGAGGAUUACAUCCGAUGUUGGAAUCGGCAAGUAUGGGAUAUUCAUGGAAAUGUAAUGAGGGUGACUAAAUGGUCACCGGAUUUUAGACCUAAUGUAGAAUCGCCAAUUGUUCCGGUUUGGCUGACUCUCGAAGGUCUUCCAAUUCAUUUUCAUGACAAAAGGGCCAUGUUUGCUAUUGCAGGCUUAAUUGGUAAGCCUCUAAAAUUGGAUAUAGCUACUACAACUUUGGCAAGGCCAUCUUUAGCAAGGGUUUGUGUGGAACUUGACCUUACUAAAGAAAUGCCAAGCAAAAUUUGGAUUCAAGCCGGGAAAACUGGAUUCACUCAAUCCAUUGUGUAUGAAAACAGGCCCCACUAUUGCUUAUCAUGUUUACACUUGGGGCAUAUCUCAAGCAAAUGCCCUAAAAAUGGACAAGAAGUCAGGGAGUUUGGUAUGAUUGAUGGGGGACGACCUGUUCAGAAAGAAGAAUUGGGUCCAAGGGGGCGGAAUUGGGUACCCAAGAAACAACCUGUGCUGACUAGUACCCAAGGGCCCAAUCCUGCUAACUCAGACGCUGCUGCAAUGCAGAAUGCUAUACAUGAUAAUAUUACAACGGGGAAUGCUCAAAUUACACAAGGGGUAUCUACUAAAGAUAAGGGGAAGGCCUUAGUAGUCUUUCAGCAAGCUCCACAGAAUAUGCCAUCCACCUCCAAGCCUCAGGCUUCACCGGUUAGUCAAUUGGACUCUGAUUCAGAGACAGAAGAGGUUUAUCAUGAUCCUCCACCUGUUACAAAGGCCAAUAAUAACAAUGCUCAAAUCAGUAUGUCUAAUUUAGACUACCUUCUUCAUAGUAACAUUCAUGGUCUUGCUAUUUCCAAAGACUGUGAAAUUUCAAAGGAUGAUUUUUCAUUAACUCACCUGGCUAGAGCAGCAGACUUUGAUCCAGA